AUGCGGUUGUGCACUCUUCGAAUAGGAAUCCAUUUUCUGACAGAUCCUGGCUUUCGUGCUUUGGUGGGUCUCCGAGAUCCUUUCGAUGACCUAUGUUGUGUUGAAGGGAUAUCUAUAUGCUCCGAUCGAUUGCGUAAAGCCCGCGGUAGCAAGAGAACCGGGGAAAGUAUACAGAAAAGACAGUUCUUUUCUAUUAUAUUAGUAUUUUCUAUUAGAUUAGUAUUAGUUAGUGAUCCCGGCUCAGUGAGUCCCUUCUUCCGUGAUGAACUGUUGGCACCAGCCCGACAUUUUGUCUCUGUGGACCGAGGAGAAGGGGGGCUCGUCGGGAAGAGGAUUGUACGAUGA